AGCAGCUAGUGCAGAGAGCGCGGCACAAUGUAAACAAAGCGGGUGUUCACGUUCUGAGCUACGAACUAGGAUAGUCUGGCUAACUAUGAAUGUGGGCAGCUGGUAACCACCGUGACAGUGGGACUAGCGUCUUCAAAAUCGCUCGUUAACGCACUUUUGUAGCUUCUCAGCGGAAGUUUAGCAAGUGAAGUCUAUCGGUGCCCUGCGCAAGUAAUGGUUGACCAUGUGGCCGUUGUGGUGACUGCAAAGCGUUCUAUUGCAGCAUGGGAACCUCAAGCACUGACUGCCAGAGCUGCCGUAGUCUUCUGAGCUUCAGAGACCUCAAAGAAUGCGGUCGGACUUGUCGCCCGGGAGUACCGAGCGGCGCGACGUACUACUGCGGCUUUCGCGUCACCCGAGUCGUCUCCGUGGCCACGAUACGAUGCAGCAGGUACCUCGCUCAUACAGACUCGUGGCUCGUCUCCUUGGACGAUGACACGGACGUCAUGGAGGCGUACCUCGAAAGCCGAGUGGCUAACGCUGGCCACCUGUCGUCACCAGAGCCCGGGACUCGAGUAUACGCUACUGGAGUCAUACGUUGGACCCGUGCUGGGUUUCGCUUGUCGCUUAAUGCCAUACGUUGUCUGACGGACCUCAACGAAGAAACUAUGCUUCGGCGGGCCCAGGUGGAAGCGUACCGCCAUUGCCUACUUGCCGCCAAAGAACGUUGGGCGCGGGAAGCAGCCAGGGUGAUGUUGUCGAGAGUGCUGUGGUACGGCAACCGCAAUCGUUUCGAAAUCAUGGAGGCACACGCCAAACUUGCCAUCGAAGCUGCACUCAUAGGCGCCCGACCCGAUGAAUACCGGUCUUGGUACGAUGAGUAUUUGGCUGAAAUUCAGAGUGAGUGAUUGUGCGUCUGUGACUGAAUCUAAACAGCGAGCGUUUUGUGCAUUUCUGCCUCGUUUAAGACGUGUCGUUUACCCUGUCGUUACAUUGCAAACGUUAUACCUGCCGUGACGUCGACAUUGCAUGCGAGGCGUAUUUUGUUCUUUACUGUAAAGCAAUAGCUUGCGUCUUUACUUCAACUAAAAAAAAAAACAUACUACUGCCAUAUGUUUUGCCUUAUUCUUUGUAAACAUUCUCAGCGAGAGUGCAUAUUUUAGUUCACUUUAUUGCGCAAUAAAUAAGUUUCCGUUUUGGUUUACCCAAAGCA